CAAGAGACGAAAGCAUAUCCGUGUCCUCGGAUCCACUCACUAACCCUAGUCAAUUCCUAACCCAACCAUAGUUACUCCACCUAUCUCAAAACCAGCCACGUGUAUCCAUCCAACGGUCAUCGCCGAAGAUAUUCAGAAGCACGCGCUGUUAUAAAUACCUACGCUCGUCACUCCCAUUAUCCCAAACCCUAACCCUUUCCCCAUUACUGUGAUUCAAUCGCUUCUCUAAUCCUAAACCAUGGCAAACCCUAAGGUUUUCUUCGACAUGACCGUCGGCGGCCAACCCGCUGGACGCAUCGUCUUCGAGCUUUAUGCCGAUGUCACCCCCAGAACCGCUGAGAAUUUCCGUGCUCUCUGCACUGGCGAGAAAGGAGUCGGUCGUAGUGGCAAGCCUCUCCACUUCAAGGGAUCCUCCUUUCACCGUGUGAUCCCUAACUUCAUGUGUCAGGGAGGUGACUUCACCGCCGGGAACGGCACCGGAGGAGAAUCGAUCUACGGUUCCAAGUUCGCUGACGAGAACUUCAUCAAGAAGCACACCGGUCCAGGAAUCUUGUCCAUGGCAAACGCCGGUCCCGGAACCAACGGAUCUCAGUUCUUCAUCUGCACUGCCAAGACUGAGUGGCUCGACGGGAAGCACGUUGUGUUCGGUCAAGUUAUCGAGGGAUUGAACGUUGUGAAGGACAUCGAGAAGGUUGGAUCUGGCUCCGGCAAGACCUCGAAGCCUGUUGUGAUCGCCAAUUCUGGUCAACUCUCUUAGAUGUUGACUGUUCUGGCGUUUUCUAUCUGGUGGCUCUGAAUUUUAAUUUGAUCUAAAUUCUCAGUAGUGUUUUUGUUAUUCGGUGUCGUUUUAUUUUUGUUGUGUUAGGGUUUGUGGUGGUGCUACUCUAUGGAUCUUAUUGAACCCCCUUCCUUUUAAUUUUCUGUUAUGAAAUUACUAGUUGAGUGAGUUAAGUCUGUUAUGAUGAUAAACAUAUAAAUGAUGAGCUACCUUCAAUAAAUUAGGAAUUCUUCAUAAA